AUGAACAAAUUACAGAUUAAAAAUUACAAAUCAGUUUGGGUUCAGGGGCGAUGCAAAGGUGCGAGAGGAAGCGCACAUUCGCUUGAAAUUGCACGUGAUAUAAAUCAAAAGGGUCCUGUGGCUAUACGGAUGGCUAAAAAAGUGAUUAGCCAUGGUUCAGAAAUGGAGAUCGGGUCUGGUUUGGAAUUGGAAGAAGAAUGCUAUGAAGAGACAUUGGUCACGGAUGAUAGGUUAGAAGGGUUGAAUGCGUUUUCUGAGAAGCGAAAACCAUUGUACAAAGGUACUAUGGGCAGAUGGUUGUCUUACUUUAACAUGGAGUUGCAGAGAGAGAAGUUGGUCAUUUCAAUAACUAGGAGGGGAGGUGAUGAUGGCAGGAAGGGAAAUACGGACGCACCCUCCGACAGUCCGAAUACACCUCGCCGUUCGCCGCCUCCGCCUACAGCAGCUUCUCCUUCGCCUGCAAUAGCGCCGCCUCCACCUGCAACAGCUCCUCUUCCAGCUUACAGCUUCGUCGCUGAUUCCCUGUUAAGGAAGGUUUUUGAACUACUUCGUGAGCAGCUUUGGUACAGACCUAACUCUGCUAUAUACGUGAAGCUAAUUGUGAAAAGAUCGGGGGGUUAUUGCGGUAUAUUGAAAGUUCGGAUGUGACGGUUGAUACUGUGUUUUUUAAUUGUUUGGUGGAUGCUUAUGGUAUGAUGGGAUGCUUAGCGGAAAUGAAGGGGGUGUUGGUGAUGAUGGAAAGUAAAGGGUGUGAACCUAUUUUGAACUUCAUUGCUUUAGAGAUUUUGUAAUUUUGAGGGCAAAGUUCCACCAAUGAUGUAUUGAAAGCACUGUAUACAAUCU